CUAUUCACCCCCCUCUAGCGUUGGGCCUUUAUUCUAACAAAUGGUAUCGGAGCAUUACUCUCUGAAAGACUUAACCGUUUGAGAGAAACAAUCAAUGGCUUCUACUCAAAGCUCAUACGCAGGUUUAGGUGAAGGGCAAUCCACCACGAGGCCUCCGUUGUUUGACAGAAUGAACUACACCUAUUCGAAGGAGCGGAUGAGGAUUUACAUCCAAUCCACCAACUUUCUCCUAUGGAGAAUUAUCAAAAAUGGUGAAGACGUGCCCAUGAAGAAGGUCGGGGAAACCAACGUCCCUAAAACCGAGAAUGAGUAUGAUGCACAAGACAUCAAGAAAGUGGAGAACAAUGCCAAGACCAUCAAUAUCAUCUAUUGUGCUGUAAACCCGGAUGACUACUGGAAAAUCUCUUGUUGUUCCACUGCCAAGGAAAUGUGGGACAAGUUAGAAAUCACCUACGAAGCCGAUGCCACCCAAGAGUCCAUCGGCAUCACCAAUGUCACCAUCGACGGGCUUAGAGGUAACCUCAAAACCUAUGAGUCUACCAUUCUUUUCCCCUCUUUAGGUGAACAAAAGAAGAAGGGGAUUGCACUCAAGGCUUCCACGAGCCAAGAACCCAUCGUGGAGGAAUCAAGCGAUGAAGACAACGAGUUCGGGCUCGUUAUCAAGAAAUUCCACAAGUUCAUGCGCAAGGAGUAUGAACGAAAGAGCAAGAGGCAUGGAGGACCACCCAAGUGCUAUGGGUGUGGAGAAGUUGGGCAUAUCAAACCAAAAUGCCCAAAUGCCAAGAAUGAGAAGGAGAAGAAACCAUUAAAAAAGCACCGAGCGUACAUUUCGUGGGGAGGUGAUUCUGGCGACGAGCCAUUAGAAGGUGAAGAAAAUGAAAGCGCCAACCUUUGCCUCAUGGCACACGAGGAACCGCCGGAAGAGGCAGGGAUCAAGGAUUGGAUGAGGAGCAGCCUGGAGAAGGUCGAGGAAACCAACGUCCCUAAGACCGAGGAUGAAUAUGAUGCACAAGACAUCAAGAAGGUGGAAAACAAUGCCAAGGCCAUCAACAUCAUCUAUUGUGUCGUUAACCCGGAUGACUACCGGAAGAUUUCUUGUUGCACCACCGUAAAGGAAAUGUGGGACAAACUAGAAAUCACCUACGAAGGUACGGAUCAAGUCCGAGAAGCUAAAAUUGAUUUUCUAACCCAUGAAUAUGAAUUGUUUCGUAUGAAGGAAAACGAGAAAAUCGAUGAAAUGUUUGAACGAUUCUCCAAAAUCGUCAAUGAUCUUCAUGCUCUCAAGAAGACGUACACGGACAAGGAGUUUGUGAGAAAAAUCCUGCGAAGUCUCACACCGAAGUGGCGCUCCAAAGCCGAUGCCAUUCAAGAGUCCAUCGGCAUCACCAACGUCACCAUUGAUGGACUUAGAGGUAACCUCAAAACCUAUGAGUCCACCAUUCUAUUCCCGUCUUUAGGUGAACAAAAGAAGAAGGGGAUUGCACUCAAGGCUACCUCAAGCCAAGAACCCGCCAUGGAGGAAUCAAGCGAUGAGGACAACGAGUUCGGACUUGUCAUCAAAAAGUUCCACAAGUUCAUGCGAAAAGAGUAUGAACGAAAGGGCAAAAAGCAUGGAGGACCACCCAAGUGCUAUGGGUGUGGAGAAGUUGGGCACAUCAAGCCAAAAUGCCCAAAUGCCAAAAACGAGAAGGAGAAGAAACCGUUCAAGAAGCACCGAGCUUACAUUUCAUGGGGAGGUGAUUCCGGCGAUG